CUGGAGCGAAAUCAGGUUCAACAUGUUGGGACGGUUUGGGGACGUUGGUCGAGCGAUUCGCUUGGCGCGAACAGGAUGUGGGAGAUGGAGCGCUUCAUGCAUGUCCACUGCCGCUGACGGACUGCAUCGCGUUGCCAUGGAUCGGCCAGCGACGCUCAAGGAGUUUCAGCUCAAAGGCACGCGGCCAUUUGACUUGCACAUUUAUGCGUCGCUGUCGGCCGACAUUGAGCUUGCGUCGAGCGAAGCCGAUGCAUUCCAGAUUGUAACGCAUCCGAAUGGCAGUGCGAUUCGCGCCUUGGACAGCGUUGGCAAUGCGUCGACUCCACUUCACGUUGAGCUCCGCCUCCCGUCCCAACUCGACUUGAACGUAUCGUUGGUGCACGGAAACGCCACGUUGUACGAGAAGAUCGAGGGCAGCAUGGCUAUUGCUCUGAAUCGCGGCAACAUCUUAGCAGAUAAACUCCGCGGCAAGAACCUACGGCUCGUCUCGAACGACGGGACCAUUUCGAUCAACACGCUCGCUGAAGGCGAGACAGUGACGCUGUCGGCCAAACAAGUUGACUGCAAACGCCUGAUGGCGAAGCGAGCCGAGAUUACGUUGGCCAAAAACGCGACCGAACCGCUCGAUUCGUCGUUUGGAGCUCUCUACACGAACUUGGCUACAAUUCAGAGUGCUGCCUGUGGCAAGCUCACUGUGGGCAACGUCCACGGGUCCCUAGACAUUCGCAGUGACGGGGCGGCGGAGAUUCACGUGGGCAGCGUGAACGGCAGUUUGUUCGUGGAAGACACGGGCGACAGCUGCAACGUAGACGUGCAUUUUGACGCCGUGCAGUCGAACGAAGACUCGUCAAAUCGAGUUGUGUGCGGCGGCGACGUCCAUGUGUCGGUGGCGCCGUCGCUGCCAGUGGCGGUCGAGUUGCAUGGCAGCGAAGUGCAGACGAACGGAUGCGUGUUUGACGGCGAGCUCGAAAUUGAUCAACUGGACGACGACUAUGUGAUUGCGACGGGCCAGCUGCAACCACGCCACGACGAGCCGAGGCAUGGAGGACUUUCUGGCUCUGGGAAGAUCAACUUAGACGGUGCGAAAGCAUCGGCCAUGUCAACGUCGUUCUUCACGACCAGCGCCGUUGCUGACCUCCCCCAGGCGGACCACAACGACAGCCCCAAUGACGUCGAAAGCAUCUUUGUGCACGCUGUGAACGGCAAGGUGGUUCUGAAGCAGUUGUCCUGGAUGGACAACAUUCGUCUCAAACACAAACCGGAGUGACGCACAAGAUAGCGACUCAGUCGAUCACAAUCGCUCGUACUAGAUGUAAUCGAUUCGAUCGAUUGGACUUAUCAACGCUACACCCUCCGUGAAUGC